CUACUAAAACCCACAUCGUUCCCCUUCUCUCUCCAAAACUCCUCCUUAUCUCUCUCAUAACUCAGUUUGUCCGAACCAGAUAAGCGCACAUCGACUAAUCACGGGACUAUCGCUCCUUCUUUUUUCAAAGAAAUAGCAAUGGGUUCGUGUGCUAGUCAAAUAACCCACGAUUUCCCUCCAUUUUUUCGAGUACACAAAGACGGCCGCAUUGAACGAUUGCAGGUCCCCUCUGCCUACGCCCCCCCAGCCGUCGAUCCCCAAACCGGCGUCGAAUCAAAAGACGUUGUGAUCUCCCCAGAUACAGGGGUCAAAGCCCGCAUCUUCCUACCCAAAAUCGACAGCCCAGAUCAGACGAAACUCCCCCUCCUUGUACACUACCACGGUGGGGCAUUCUGCGUCGGAUCAUCCCUCGACAUCGCCACUACUCGAUUUCUCAACAUCCUGACCUCCGUAGCCAACGCAAUCACGGUUUCUGUUGACUAUAGGCUCGCUCCAGAGCACCCGCUGCCAACUGCGUAUGAUGACUCUUGGUCCGCGUUGCAGUGGAUUGCUACUCAUUUAAACGGCAAAGGACCUGAAUUAUGGUUAAACGAGUACGUUGAUUUUGGGCGGAUUUUCCUAAUGGGUGACAGUGCUGGAGCAAAUAUAGCCCACCACAUGGCAGUCCGGGUUGGGGCAACGGGGCUAGAAGGUUUUAAGGUUAGUGGGGCGGUUAUAGUGCAUCCGUAUUUUGCAGUUAAUGAACCGGAUAAGAUGAUUCAGUUUUUAUAUCCGGGGAGUAGCGGGACAGAUAGCGACCCGAAAUUGAAUCCGAAGUCUGAUCCGGAUUUGGAUAAAAUGGGUUGUGAGAAAGUGCUGGUAUUCGUGGCGGAGAAAGAUUGGUUGAAAUCGAGAGGUGUGGAGUAUUGUGAGACGUUGAAGAAUAGUGGAUGGAAAGGGAAUGUUGAGUUGGUGGAGAAUGAAGGGGAGGAUCAUGUCUUCUAUAAACUGAAUCCUACUUGUGAAAAGGCUUUGCUUUUGAUGCAAAAGUUAGCUUCUUUUGUAAAUCAAGGUUGAAUGAUUCGAACCCCGGCCUCCAUUCAAUUUUUACCAAUGCCCAAAAAAGUAAUAUCAUUGUA